AUGAUCUACCUUCCCGCUCUCCUAUUUCUUACCGUAAUCCUUGCGGACCCGGUCCAUGUCACCGUCAAAAUCAAAUGCGAAAUGGAGGGCACUCCGGAGUACCUCUAUUGUGGAAAGCUUGUAAUUUUCGAAGCGGAUAAAUGGAGCAAUCAUGACAUACUGAAGACUGAGGAGUACUGUGCGCCGGAGGGGGAAAAGGAGUUCAAAUUCGAUUUGUACCCAGAUGGGGAUACCUCACCGAGCUACGAACUCAACUACCAACUAACUCACAACUGCACCAUCGACGACCUCACCCGAUGCAUCCGUCCUGACAACCCAAAGGAUGUCAGUGCUAGCGGGGAAUCAUGGGUGGAGUUCAAGUUCAACGCGUGGAACUUCGGAGAGGCAAGGGCGUGUAAAGAUCCAAAUGCGAAGAUUAUUGAUUUUUAG